GUUGGGAGGAGACCUUGAGCAGCAGGAAUGAGCCCGGAGAAGCGCCAGGAGGAAGAGGACGAAGUGGACUGCGUUCUCCUUUCAGCGUCCAAGAUCCUAAAUUCCUCUGACGGGGUAAAGGAAAGUGGUGGGAGUGAAACAGGACCUUCACUCGUGCCUUGUCAAGGGCCCUGCAAGAAGAGCUAGAGCAACCACGUCUCAGUAGACCAAAGACAACUGGAUGCCCAGGGACCAUCAGUAUAAGCAGCAUCUCCAAGGAGGCCAGCAGGACAAUGCCCUGACUGGCCAAUGCCCCACUCACCUGUGCCCCACCAUCCCUGAGGAUAUGCAGGCAUCCUUGUGCAACAGGAAACCUGAACAGAGAGUAAGAGUCUUCACAGAGAGUUUAGAGGUUGUGUCAGCUCAAUAUUGACCUCAAAGAAAGCAUUUAAGAAUAUGGCUGCAUAUCAGAAUCAGAAAAUGAAAUCCAACCACAAUCAGCACUGAAAGCCCUUCAGCAUCAACUGGAAUCAUUUCAGGCUCUCCGAAUACAGACUUUGCAGAAUGUUAGCAUGCAGGUGCAGAGAAGUGGCAAGAGAAGACAAACUCCUCCUGAGGGUGAUCGAAUAGAUUCAGUUCUGAUGACAGAGAUCAAAAUCCCUGCUUUAUUCAACAAUAUAAAAAUCAAACAUCCAAAAUUACUUGAAUAUAGUUCAUAAAAUUUUAUUGCUUUACUAAAGUACAGUCUGAAAUCAGUGAAAUCUUGAACAAAAGUAUUAUUGAAGUAGAAAACCCACAAUAUAGCUCAGAAAAAAAUCUAGUAUUUGGCACACGCAUUGAAAAAGCUCUGGUAUGUUAUUCUGUACAAAACCAUUUCUGUAUUUAGUCACUUCAAAAAUGGUACUAAAACCAGUUUAUCUUCACCUUUACAUUCUCAACCUUCUUCAGGGGUCAAAUGGACUGUCAGAGGAAUACCUAAAAGAUUCCCAAGUAAAUUGAAAUAUAAGGCAGUUUUUUUUUAGCCUGUCUAUCCACUUAGGAAUUUUUCUUUUAGGAUUGACCAAGACCUGAGGUGAAUUUUCUAGAAAUAGGCUGGAACCAGAGUCACUCUGUCUACACUGAUUAGAACUCUCAUUUCUAGAAUAGUCACAGCCCUAGAAUCAUCUGAAAUAGGAAUGCAAGCUAAGGUUGACAAACAGCCCGGAAGUGGAAAUAUUCAUUUCCCUUAAACUUCCUAUUGCAUUUGACCUAUUGCUUCUAUCUUCCGCAUCUAUCCACAAUGGUCUCCUAAGGGAUUCUAAAUUUCUAUUUCUGAUAUUGAACAGUUGUCCCAUGUAUGUCACCCUCUGGGGAAAUAAGUAUAAUUUCUAAGCAAAUUGUGAAGACCAGAGUUACAGAUCUCAAAAUAACUGUUGUUAGAUUUUUCUGGAGAAAAUGAGUCACAUUUAUUAGGCCUCUUUGCCUGUAGAAAUGGAUAAAAUAUUCAUUUGGGUUGUAAAAAUAAAUCCUCCACAAAAUACUUUCUUGAUUUGCUUGUCAUGUGGCAAAUGAUAGUACAUUUAUAGUGUGCUUUUUUAUUGUCACUAGCCUAUAGAGAAUCAAAAAGAAAUCCUUUCUAUGGAGAAAAUUCAUCAUUUUGAGGAGUCCAACACUAUUCAUUCAACAGAAGAAAAAUUCAGCAGUGAUAUUGUUAACAGUCUCUGUCAAGGUAUAGAUAUUCCAUCCCAGAUAGAUUUCAAGGACCUAUUAACUCAGAGAACUUCAACAGAUAAUUCAGCUUCAAACAUAAUUAUGAACCCUUCAGAAAAUUCUGACAUGUUGAAGAAUUAUAAUAACCUUUAUAGUUUUCUACCUCAUGCACCUCAAAAUAUGAUGCCUCAAGCUGAUAGAGUAAUUCUGGAUAAAUCCAAAAUUACCGAGCCUUUCCUCAAGCAUGGAUUUUGUGAAAAUUUAGACGAUAUCUGCCAUUCUAUCAAACAAAUGAAGGAAGAACUACAAAAGUCACAUGAUAGAGAACUGGCACUUACAAAUGAACUUCAAACUUUAAAAACUGAUACAAAUGUUCCAAGAAAUGGUAAAUAUGACCUGUCCCCCAGUCACAAGGAAAAAAUUAACUUUAUUAAGGAAGAAAAUAUAGAAAGUAACUUAAAUGAAGAUAUAAAAUCAAAGAGAAUUUCAGAAUUAGAAGCAUUAGUAAACAAAUUACUACCAUUCAGGGAAACAGUGUCAAAAUUCCACGUGAAUUUUUGCAGGAAAUGUAAAAGGUUAUCCAAGAGUGAAAUGCACAGGGGAAAGAGAAAUGAGAAAAACAGUAAGGAAAUUCCUAUCACUGGCAAGACUACUACAGAUUUAAAAUUCCAUUCCAGAGUUCCAAGACAUACAUUGUCAUUCUUUGACCCAACAAAAUAUGAAAUGAAAGACAAAGAAACACAACCACUAAUAUCAAAACAAGGACCAAUAAUGUUUGAAAAUGAGAAAACAUCCAAAGUCAAUUCUGUUACUGAGCAGUGUGUUGCAAAAAUUCAGUACUUACAGAAUUACCUAAAAGAAUCUAUGCAGAUACAGAAAAAAGUAACAGAACUGGAGAAUAAAAAUCUAACCCUUAAGACCAAAAUAAAACCUCUUGUGUUUACUACACAGUCUCUGAUACAGAAAAUUGAAACAUAUGAAAAGCAACUUAAGAAUUUGGUUGAAGAAAAGAAUGCUAUUCAGUCCAAGUUGAUUAAAACAGAAGAAGAUGGUAAAGAAUGUCUUAAAGAAUUGAAAAAAAUAAUUAGUAAAUAUAAUGUUCUUGUAGGACAAAAUAAAACUCUAGAGGAAAAAAAUAGUCAACUUUCUUUGGAGAAGCAACAAAUGAUAGAAACAUUAGAUCAACUAAAAAGUAAGGAACACAAAACUCAAAAUGAUAUGGCCAUAGUCAAUAAUGAAAAUAAUCGAAUGAGUAUAGAAAUGGAAUCAAUGAAAACAAAUAUUCUAUUGAUACAAGAUGAAAAGGAAAUGCUAGAGAAAAAAACAUACCAGCUUCUAAAGGAAAGAAGCUCACUUGAAAAUGAACUGAAGGAAAACCAACUAGAGAUAAUGCAGCUAAAAGAGAAAGAAAGGUUGGCAAAAACUGAACAAGAGACACUUCUUCAAAUAAUAGAAACAGUUAAAAGUGAAAAACUUAACCUUGAAACAACAUUACAAGAAUCCAUUGCUGCUAGACAAAUGAUGGAAAGAGAAAUUGAGAAUAUCCAAACAUACCAAUCCACUGCAGAGGAGAGUUUCCUGAAAGAAAUUAAAAAUGCAAAAUCAGAAGCAAGUAUUUAUAAGAAUAGUUUGUCAGAAAUGGGCAGUGAAUGUGAAAUGUUAUCAAAAAUGGUAAUGGAAAUUAAAACAGACAAUCAGAUUCUAAAAGAAGAACUAAAAAAACAUAGUAAAGAAAAUAUAAAAUUUGAAAACAGCAUCAGUAGACUUGCAGAAGAUAAAAUACUUUUAGAAAACUAUGUAAGAAGUAUAGAAAAUGAAAGGGAUACCUUAGAAUUUGAGAUGCGGAAUCUUCAAAGAGAUUAUUUAAAUCUAAGUGAAAAAAUCUGUAGUCCACAGAGUGACCUAUCAAAAAAGGGUUAUAUUUCAAGAAGAGAGAAAUUCCAUUUUGACAACUGUGAUACUUAUGAAGACACCUCUGGUCCUAGGAGUAGGCCUUUGGCUCCUGAUUUGAAAGGAAUUCCAAGUCAACUGUAUCAAUUGCUUCCAUCCAAGAUAUGUAAAUAAAUUUUUAAAAUCAAUGUUUCAAAAUCCUUUGUCCAGUACUUUUUUCUCCACAAAAUUAUUUUUUUAAUUAAUAAUUAGAGAGAGAGAGAGUGCUUGGGGGGAUGGGGGUGGUGCAAAGAGGGAUAGAGGGAGAGAUAGAAUCUC